AUUGGCCCAAUGUGGAGGUAGUGACCAGUGUUGUGAGAGUUCCUCAGUGGAAUGUGUAUAGGUCAUGUUGUCAGGACAGUUUUAUUCAGGGAGAAAAGGUAUCCUCUACAAUUAAGGGUUAGUUAACCCUUCAUAAUUAAUUAAUUAACCCAUAAUAAACCUUAAGGGUUUUGGGACUGGCAUUUCAGUGGGCAUUUUUUUUUUAUUUGAUUUUUGUUGCCCUUGGCCAGUGUCCCUCCUACAUAAAAAAAAAAUAAUAAUAAUAAUAAUGUUGUAUAGUUCUAGGCGUACAGUUUUUGUGACAGACACUCGUCUUCUGGGUGAAAUAUGACUUUUUAUAAUUGAGAUAGUUCUUUCUCUGAUGCAUAAAAAGUAACCUAAACCUAACUUAGAUUGGCUGAGUUAGGUCAGGUUUUGUUAGGCCAGAGAUUCCCAAACUUUACCUUAUCAAGGACCCCCAACAUUCAUUGUCUUGUGAACCCUGUACGGCCAAACUGAGGACCCCAGUAGUCUGUUGACUUCAGCUUAGGAACCUCUGUGUUAGGUUAGAGUAGGUUUAAGUUAAUUUUUAAAAUUUUUAUUAUUUUAUUUAUUCAUUUAUCUUUUUUUAGAGAGAGAAAGUCUCCAUUGAAAAAAAGCAUCAAACUUUACACAGAAAAGAGUGUGUUUGUCUCAGAAACUGCAGGUAUGCCUAGGAUUGGACAACAAUUAACUGAGUUCUUAGAAGGAAGAACAACCAAUGACAAACAGAAUGUUCAAAAACAGAAAUCAAGAUCUUACAAAAGUCUGAAUAAAACUUACAAUAUUAAACUUUAAUUAUGAAAAAAGAUACAAUUGUGGUGAUACAGUCAUGUCCCAUGUCAGGCCCCUUCCUUUCCUUGCCUUCCUCUGCCUGACUCAGCCUCCUCUGACUGGCGGUCUCUUCCAUUCCCCAUGUCAGGCCCCUUCCUCCACCUGACUCAGCCUCCUCUGACUGGCUGUCUCUUCCACUCCCCAUGUCAGGCCCCUCUUUUUCCUCGCCUUCCUCCACCUGACUCAGCCUCCUCUGACUGGCGAUCUCUUCCACUCCCCAUGUCAGGCCCCUCCCUUUCCUCACAUUCUUCCGCCUGACUCAGCCUCCUCUGACCGGCUGUCUCUUCCACUCCCUGCAUCAGGCCCCUUCCUUUCCUCGCGUUCCUCUGCCUGACUCGGCCUUCUCUGACUGGCUGUCUCUUCCACUCACCACAUCAGGUCCCUCCCUUUCCUCACCUUCCUCCGCCUGACUCGGCCUCCUCUGACUGGCUGUCUCUUCCACUCGGGCUCCUUUUUAUCGUUGGCUUUGUCUUCCCUUCUCCUCUUCACCAGUACACCUAUCCUAAAUCCUCCUCCACCUCGUCGUGGAAAAAUUACGUAUAACGGAAAAACUACUGAGAAUUGCCCCCCAAGACAAACAGCGCAACACAGCUCAGAGGCAGUGCACGUGACGCGGUAACUCUGUACCGUUGUGUACUGAGUCGUGCACAGCAGUGUUGUGUGAUGCCCAAAAAAUGAAGACGUCUUGUGGUCAAAAUUCAAACAGUUUCAGAGCACCCCAACUUGAACCCUUGUUCCACCUAAACCUCCACCACCCAGGCAAGCACAGUGUAACUAAAGCACUUCCUUUAUCAGCGUGGCAUUAUGUUUGCAAUAAACAGUGGUAAAUAAGCUACAGUAUUAGUAAUGGUUGGCACAUGGCAGUGAUGGCACAACAAAUAAAGUUUGCAUGACUUACCUUGACCCUUCACUCUUGUACAGCUUCAGGGCACCAGGUCACCAAUCAACACACUCAUGAGCUGCCUUAACACUCACUAAGGAAAACACAGCACCAACACACUCAUGAGCUGCCUCAACACUCUCAUUAAGGAAAACACAGCACCAACACACUCAUGAGCUGCCUCAACACUCUCAUUAAGGAAAACACAGCACCAACACACUCAUGAGCUGCCUUAACACUCACUAAGGAAAACACAGCACCAACACACUCAUGAGCUGCUUUAACACUCACUAAGGAAAACACAGCACCAACACACUCAUGAGCUGCCUCAACACUCUCAUUAAGGAAAACACAGCACCAACACACUCAUGAGCUGGCUUAACACUUUAUAUGAAGAAAGCACCACCACCUCAGUCAGGCUGAGUUGGGCACUGUGGCACCAGCUUUUCCCUCGUCGUCACUCCCAAAACACCAGUCACAAUUUGGCACCAGUCAUCCUCUGGCACAGCUGAGAGCCUUUCAGUUUGUGGGUUCUCCACUUGCAGUGGGACAGGUGUCCAUGCCGGGUGGUCUUCUGGGCUCUGACGUGGCUCCCUCUGGCCGGCUUCCACAAGGGUUCCUGCAGGACUGGCCGUGGUGUGUGGUGCUGACAGCAGUACUACAGUGGAGGGGUAAGGUCGGGCAGCAGCAUGAGUGAGCAGCAGCAGCAGCAGCAGCAGUCUGCUUCAGAUGUAGGGAGGCGCAGGCGUGGUGGCAAGAAUAACCUGGAGGCAGGCAGCUCUGUCCACACAGGAGAGAGCAAGUUUGGGUGUCAGCAGUGUGAUAAAACUUUUAGAUCCAAACAAGGGCUUAGGCAACACACCCUGACACAUAGUAGUGUUAGAAAUUAUGAGUGUCUUCAAUGUGGGAAGAAAUUUGCCCAACAGUCUCACCUCACCACACACACCCUGACACACAGUGGUGUUAAAAAUUAUGAGUGUUUGGAAUGUGGAAAGAAAUUUACCACAAAAUGUAAACUCACCACACACACCCUGACACACAGUGGUGUUAGAAAUUAUGAGUGUCUUCAAUGUGGAAAGAAAUUUGCCCAACAGUCUCACCUCACCACACACACCCUGACACACAGUGGUAUUAAAAAUUAUAAGUGUGUGGAAUGUGGAAAGAAAUUUAUCCAGCAGUCUCACCUCACCGCACACACCCUGACACACAGAGGUGUUAAAAAUUAUGAGUGUCUUCAAUGUGGGAAGAAAUUUGCCACAAAGUAUAAUCUCACCACACACACCCUGACACACAGUGGUGUUAGAAAUUAUGAGUGUCUGGAAUGUGGAAAGAAAUUUAUCCAACAGUCUCACCUCACCACACACACCCUGACACACAGUGGUGUUAGAAAUUAUGAGUGUUUGGAAUGUGGAAAGAAAUUUAUUACAAAGUCUGACCUCAGUAGACACACCCUGAUACACAGUGGUGUUAGAAAUUAUAAGUGUGAGGAGUGUGGCAAAAGAUUUCUUACCCAUUCUGAGCUCAAUAGACACGCCUUCAGACACACUGGUUUGAGGGAGUUCAAGUGUGAUGUUUGUGGGAAGUGUUUCAAGACAAAGGGUGACAUUGUCGUACACAUGAGAAUCCACUUUUGAGGUGGUGUGUUGUUGUGUGGACCAGUGGGGUCACACCCAUGCCUGUGGGAGUUUGUGUUGGUGGUGGCGGUGGUAGUAGUGGGUGGUGUGUUAUGCGUGUGCCGGCAGCUGUGCCCUUGUGUGCUGUGAGGGAGUAAUCAUGUGUCUGUGACUAAUUUUUGUGAGUUGUUUCUUUUCAACUUUGUAUUUAAGGUAAAGACUAACUUAAAAGUUUUGUUAAUGAUGUGUGGUGUUGUGUAGACUGUAAGUGAAGAAAUUAAUAUAUUGUAACCACCCUC